AUGUCAUCUGUGCUCUAUGCUGAUACUGUUAUGUGCUUGUCUUAUCACAGCGUGAAUGUGGUGGUCACUGGCGGGAACUCAGGCAUUGGUCAGACGACCGCGCAAACCUUUGCCUUAUUUGGUGCGAAGGUAAUUCUACCAUGCCGUACCAUGGACAAGGCCAAUAAAGCCAAAGAAGAGAUUGAACUGUACUGUGCAGAUAAGGGUGUGAUCGCCACUGUGGUUCCCAUGGUGAUGGAUCUCAACGAUCUCACCACUGUCCAGAAGUUCAGUACUGAAUUGGCUGGAAUAGUGGACUAUGUGGAUAUACUACUGUGUAACGCAGGCAUUAUGGCUCUCCCUGAACGCACCGAGACGG